AUAUCAGUGGUUAAAAUGCUCUUUUUAAUACAGAGCAUCAGGACGGUAUUUGAACGAAGUGCUCUCCCUCACAGUCUGCAGCUUCCCCCACUUCCCUCGCCGCCGGGUUUUGCCAACAGGCACCGAGGCCCCACCUGUCAGCCGGAGAGACGUACUCCGUGGCCAGCGGACUCAGGACGACGCCCGGGAAUCUCUGGCGGAGGCGCAGUGUUCGCAGCAACCCCUUCCGGGCUAGUUUUCUCCCGGUGCAUUUCUUGGGAUCGCAGUGUCCGAGCUCCCACAUGGCAAGGGGGCAGGGGAACUUGGCCUCCCGAGCGCCCCCAUCCUCGGCCCUCUCGCCGUCUAGGCAAGCUGAAAAUAGCAGGUGUACAUCAAUGCCCAACGGUGACGCGACACAACUCGGCAGGACCCGCCUGCCCUUGCCCGCGUCCCGCAGCGCCUCACGCACCCGUCAGCGCGGCCUCCGCUUCCGCCGCGAAAGUCUCGAGGCUGCGAGUCCCGCGCCGGCCCCCGCGCCGGCCUCCGCGCCGGCGGCCGCGCUCCAUGGCCGCGCUCGGCGGAGACACCGCCCCGCGACGUUACGGACUUCCGCUUCCCGCCGAGCAGGCGAUGGCGGCCCGGGUGCUGCUUGCGGCGCUGAGUGCGGCGCUGGCAGGUCUCUUCGCCUCCGCGGGGAAAAUGAAGAUCGUGGAGGAGCCGAAUACGUUCGGGUUGAAUAACCCAUUCUUGCCUCAAACAAAUAGGCUGCAGCCAAAGAUGUCACCGUCUGCAGUAUCAGGCCCUGCACAUCUCUUUAGGCUUGCUGGCAAGUGUUUCAGUUUUGUGGAAUCCACGUACAAGUACGAGUUUUGUCCUUUCCAUAAUGUCACUCAGCAUGAGCAAACUUUUCGAUGGAAUGCCUAUAGUGGGAUUUUAGGAAUCUGGCACGAAUGGGAAAUUGACAAUAACACAUUUGUUGGAAUGUGGAUGAGGGAAGGAGACUCAUGUGAAACUAAGAGCAGACAGACAAAGGUUCAUCUUGUUUGUGGAAAAAGCAAUAAAUUGGCUUAUGUGUCUGAGCCAAGUACUUGUGUUUACUCUCUGACAUUUGAGACUCCUCUCGUGUGCCAUCCCCACUCACUUUUAGUUUAUCCAACUCUGACUGAAGCACUGCAGAGGAAGUGGGAUGAAGCAGAGCAGCUUCUGUACGACGAACUAAUAACCGACCAGGGUUACAAAAAAAUUCUGAAAGAGAUUUUUGAGGAAGCGGGACUUCUAAAAGCAACAGAAGAAAAUGAAGUUGAAAAACAGAGUAAGAAAAUAACUCUGGAAUUUGAAACAGUGGAAAAGUGCAGUAAGGAAUACAAGCAACUUUCUGAAGAAAUACAAAAACUUAGAGUUUUAUUAGGUCAGCAUGGUAUUGCAUACAAAGGAAAUUUUGCCGGAAAUACCAGCGUUGAGUACGUAAGUCACCAACUGGCAACUGCAGUGGCAUCAGUUCUUAAUGGGUCAAAGGAUGAUGAGCACCUGCACGGCGAUACAGGAAUCUGGAAUUACACUCUGUGAAGAAACUUGGAUGGUACAUAAUGUAAAUUAAACUGAACAUGUAUUAUGCCACAAA